GCCGUUGUGAACUCAAUUGAAUCAGAGUAUUCAUUAAAUUCACAAAAGAAAGAAAGAACAAUAUAUAACAAUGUCAGUCUCGGGUGUUGCAUUCACUUCUUUUGCAACAAAAGACUUGAAGACAUUUGAAGAAGCUAUUGGAUUCUACAAAUCAUUGGGAUUCAAAUUGAUAAGAAACUAUACAAGAGAUUUAAACGCUUCAAGUUCAUUAAAAGGUGUUUCUCAUGAUUCUUUAAGAGAAACUUGGUUGGAAUCUUUCAAAAUAUCACAAGUUGAUCCAAAAAAUGGUGCAAGAAUCCCACUACAAGAGAGCAAUAGUAUACAAUCGGAAGGUGUUGUAUUAAAAUUAAGAUUAACAGGUUCUGAUCUAACACCAAUGGAAAGCUCAAGUUUAUUAGAUGGUGAAUUGAAUUUUUUCACAACUGAAUUAGAACAAGUUUCUAAAAUCUUGGGAUUGAAAAUUGAAUCUUCAAAAAUCAUUACAAAAGAUCCUUUAGGUAACAAGAUUUCAUUUGUUGAACAUCCAACACCUUUUGUUCCAAGUAAAAUUGAUGCUGAUUUCUUUGCAUCUCAACUUGCUCAAGAAUUAAGUACUGAAUCGCAAGAUCCAGAAUCUAAAAAGAAGAAGAUUGCAGUUAUGACAUCUGGUGGUGAUUCUCAAGGUAUGAAUGCCGCAGUUCGUGCUGUUGUUAGAGCCGGUAUCUUUUAUGGAUGUGAUGUCUUUGCGGUUUACGAAGGUUAUGAAGGUUUAGUUAAUGGAGGUGAAUUCAUUAAACAAAUGGCUUGGGAAGAUGUUAGAGGUUGGUUAUCUUUAGGUGGUACUUUGAUUGGUACUGCUCGUUCAAAAGAGUUUAGAGAAAGAUGGGGUAGAUUGACUGCUGCUAGAAAUAUGAUUUCAAACGGUAUUGAUGCCCUUAUUGUUUGUGGUGGUGAUGGUUCAUUAACUGGUGCUGAUUUAUUUAGAUCAGAAUGGCCUUCAUUAGUUGAUGAAUUGGUGGCAAACGGUGAUUUCAGUGAAGAUGAAGUUGCACCUCAUAGACAUUUAACAAUUGUUGGGUUAGUUGGCUCAAUUGAUAAUGAUAUGAGUGGUACUGAUAAUACAAUUGGUGCCAAUUCUUCAUUGGAACGUAUUUGUGAAAUGGUUGAUUAUAUUGAUGCAACUGCUACCUCUCAUUCAAGAGCUUUUGUUGUGGAAGUUAUGGGUAGACAUUGUGGUUGGUUAGCCUUGAAUGCUGGGCUAGCAACUGGUGCUGAUUAUAUUUUCAUUCCUGAACGUGCUGCUAAUAAAGAUACUUGGAAAGAUGAAUUGAAACAAGUUUGUCGUCGUCAUAGAGAAAAAGGUAGAAGAAAAACAACAGUUAUAGUUGCUGAAGGUGCCUUAGAUUCUGAAUUGAAUCCAAUCACUUCUGAAGAAGUUAAAGAUGUUCUUGUUGAAUUAGGUUUAGAUACAAGAAUCACCACUUUAGGCCAUGUUCAAAGAGGUGGUUCAGCUGUUGCUUCUGAUAGAAUGCUCGCUACUCUACAAGGUGUUGAAGCUGUUAAAGCAGUUUUAGACUUGACUCCAGAGGAUCCAUCUCCAUUGAUUGGUGUUUUGGAAAACAAAAUUGUUCGCCAACCUUUAGUUGAUGCAGUUAAAUUAACAAAGUCAGUUGCCGCUGCUAUUGAAGCCAAAGAUUUUGAUAAAGCCAUCUCCCUCAGAAAUACUGACUUUAUUGAAUCUUAUCAAAACUUCCAAUCAAUUUCUCAACACGAUGAUGGUUCCCAUUUAUUGGAUGCUUCUAAACAAUUAAACAUUGCAAUUAUUCAUGUUGGUGCUUCAUCAGCUGCUUUGAAUGCUGCCACUAGAGCUGCUGCUUUAUAUGCAUUGUCAAGAGGUCAUAAACCGUUUGCUGUUCAAAAUGGGUUCAGUGGAUUAGUUCGUCAUGGCUCAAUGAAACCUUUAACUUGGAUUGAUGUUGAAGAUUGGCAUAAUUUAGGUGGUUCAGAAAUCGGUACUAAUCGUACCUUACCAUCACAAGAUAUUGGUACUGUUGCAUUUUAUUUCCAAAAAUAUCAUAUUGAUGGAUUAAUAAUCAUUGGUGGGUUUGAAGGUUUUAGAGCAUUAAAAGAAUUAGAAGAAGCAAGAAAUAAUUUCCCAGUUUUCAAUAUUCCAUUAACUUUAAUUCCAUCAACUGUUUCAAACAAUGUUCCAGGUACAGAAUAUUCGUUAGGUUCAGAUACUUGUUUGAAUUCAUUAGUCAGUUAUUGUGAUGCUGUUAAACAAUCUGCUUCAUCUUCAAGAAGAAGAGUCUUUGUUGUUGAAGUACAAGGUGGCCAUUCAGGUUAUGUUGCAAGUUAUAUUGGAUUAGUUACUGGUUCUGUUGCUAAUUAUACGCCAGAGAAGAAAAUCACAUUGAAGACUAUUCAAGAAGAUAUUGCAUUAUUAAAAGAGAAUUUCUUACAGGAUCAAGGUGAUAUCAGAAGUGGUAAAAUGUUGAUUCGUAAUGAAACAGCUUCAAGCAUUUUCACUACUGAUUUGAUUGCUGAUAUUAUUGAAGAAUCAAGUAAUAAAAGAUUUGAAACAAGAACUGCUAUUCCUGGUCAUGUCCAACAAGGUGGUGCACCAACUGCUUUGGAUAGAGUUAAUGCUUCAAGAUUUGCUAUCAAAUGUGCUAAAUUUAUUGAAGAAUGGAAUGAAAAAAUUAGUUCAAAUAAUUUAGAUGGUUCUGAUCCAAUGUUGAGAUUUAAAUUUGUUGAUGGUAAAAAAGUUUCAAUUGUGGGGGAUAAUGAAGAAAGUGCAUGUGUUAUUGGUAUUGAAGGUUCUGAACUAAAAUUCACAUCUAUCAAACAAUUGUGGGAAAAUGAGGCUGAUAUUAAGCUAAGAAAAGGUUUGACUGUUCACUGGGAACAUUUUAAUGAAAUUGCAGACAUCCUUAGUGGUAGAUUGAUCUUGAGAAGUAAAUCUAAAAGCCAAGGGUUAUUAUGAAUGAAAUGAAAAAAAAUAAUCAAAUAAAGACAGAAAUAAAUUGAUUUGUCCAUGUAUAAUACAAUAUAUAUAUAUAUUAAGAUAUAAUAUCUAAAGUUUUACAGCUAUACAGCAGAAGUAAAUAUUAUCCAUAUCCAUAGAACUGGCGCUUUACUAUAACUUAAUUAAAGCGC